UAAUUCUACCAGAGAUAAAUAUAUUUUGUUUCUUGAUAACACUACAACUUUAAUUUUUUUCUCUUUGUCAUAAAUUUUAUUCAACCAAUCUUUUAUUAUCCAUUCAUAAAUAGCUAAGCACAUUUUUUUCUUUCAUAUUAACACUAUAAUAACAAAAGGAGUCCUGUGACAUAUCAAAAAUGUCCUUCCUAUCACUUCAUACCACCUAAUCAAAAGCUUAUUGCUUAUUGCUUCAUCUUUCAUUUAAAUCGCGUGUACAUUAUAUGUGGAAAGUGUGAGGCCAGGUACUCUUGACAAAAUGAAAUCUUUGCUUCCUAUGGUUAUUUUGGCCAACCAAAUCUCUCUUCUGUUCCUCCAAAAAAUGUUGGUUCCUCCUUGUUCUAAGGUUGCAAGUUAGUUAUGAAUGAAGUCUACUGUUUAUGGUAGCUUCACCUCAUCCUGUAUGUUGCAGGAACACUGCAGAGCUGCAUGAAGGCCAAUGGAUAGAUUAGUGUUCCAUCAGCUGACCCAAGAAUGCUUGCUCUGCUAACGUUGUGGCUGUAUGCCUUCAAGUCAUUUCUGACUUAUGGCAACCUGAAAACCUUACUACAGUUUUUUGGGACUAAGAGUUCGUGACUUUUCCAAGGUCACCCAGUGGGUUUCCAUGUGGAGCAGGGGAUCAAAUCCUAUUCUCCAGAGUUGUAGUCCAACACUCAAACCACUACACCAAGCUAACAUAGGAAAGAUGAAACACAGGGAAAGCGAUAAUGUUGGUUCUAGUACCUAUAGAGUUGUUUUAAAUAGGUACUAUGUGAUACAGGAAUGAGGAGAGGACAGUUACCAUAGUUUUAUACUUUAAGUACACUGUUAUGAGGUGUGAACUGGAAAGCUUUGUUGGGGGUGUUGAAUAUGUAUAAGGAGGCAUUGGCGAUAGGAAGUUUUUGCACCUCAGUCAGGCAUCCCUGUAGUAAUGUCACCAUGCAUUAGUUAUGUGCCAGAGGUUAGAACUGAAUUUGCAUUUACAUGAGUUGAGCCAUACACAUACACAUCCUGAAUAAGAAAUAUGAAUAAGUGCAAUUGUUUUUGUAAACUAAUUUUUUAAAAUUGUAUCAAAGUGCUGUCAAAUGCAGACAUACUCCACCAGUUGGCUAUAUUUCUCUGGUGGAUCACACCUUGUUUAUAGGUUUCUAUACAACACUUUGGGAUUUUACACAGAGAAAAUAAUGGAAUUUUAUUUUUUGGAACUAAUGUUUAGAAUUAAACUAAAAAGCAGUCAUUUUUACAAGAGAGGCAUUAUUUCAAUUAUAAUUAUGAGCUGUACCUAAAUGUAUAAGAAAAUGUAGACACUAGUUAAGCCUUAAGUUAAAUAAUUUAAGGGGGAAAUACAAAAGAAGUGUAAAAAAAUCCUUGGUAAAUUUCAUUACAUUUGAAAGAUCAAAGACUGAAUAGAACAGAUAUGCUUUCCAGCUAUGAACAAAAUAUGCCAGUGAAAGAGCAUAUUUAAACAGAUUCUGGUCAGAAGCCGAAAACAGUUAUCCUAAUUCUCUUCUGAAAUCCACACCAUAGGAGUUAAGCCUGAACCAAGGGCAUGAUGAAGACAAUAUAAGUAUUCUCUAUAGUGCUUGAUGAAAUGUUCUCAAUAGCCUCAUCUGAUUUUGAGAUUCUGUGUUAAAUCUGUAAUGGUAUUCUGUGCUCAUUUCAAAUUUGGCUUUUUAAAUAAUUAUUAAUAUUCACCCUUGAAACUUCUUGCUUAAAUUUUAAGUCUUUUAAGUUCUAUUUUGAUUACUCCAUGCUGUAUUAACAGGAAUGUAUAUUCUUUGAUGGCUUUUUAAAAAUUAUUAUUUCAUGAAAUAUAUCCUGUUGUGGAUUUGAAGACCACCUCCAUUUCAUGCCAGGAUAAAUAAAAGGUUGAAAGGCAAGACUUCCUUUCUUUGACUCAGAUAUGCUAAUGAGACAUUAUUACCUCACAGCACAUUAGGUCAGGGCAGGUUGGUUUAUUUUUUCAGCCCUUUGUUACUUGUCCCACUGCUCUGAAUGGGUAGGUCCAUGACUACCUUGCAAGAAGGACAGAAGACAUCUGCCAGCCAGUCAUGAAAGACUGAAAGGAGGUUGGCACUGCUAGGAAUAAACCAUGGAAUGCCAAUGCAACUUACCAGCUUUAUAGACCUCUUUUGUAUCACAGACAACCAAUUCUCAGCUAUCUUCUGCAGGAAGACAGACUUCGUGUUUAUUUUUAAAGUGAAGAUAUAACAAGAAGCAAACAGCCUUGAGGAAUCCCAUCAAACACUCAGAAUUCACAUUCCAAUCAUGGGAGAUCUUCAGAAAGUUCUUGACAGAGGAGAGUAUGUUCCCUUGAGAUCUGCUCCUGUGUUUGAGAGCAACUUUGUUCAGGUCAACAGAAGAGGUGAAUCGAUUUACCUUCAUAAUCGCCCCAAUUAUGUAACUAUGGGCAUUUGUGCUUCCAGUCCAAAUUUGUCAUUGCCAAAUGUGAUGUUGCUGGCACAUUCAACCCCUUCAUCCUCCCAGGAAAAUAUUAUAAGCCGCCCAGCAAGUCGAAAGCAGUCAGGCUCUGAAGAUGAACUUGUACUUACCAGGUUCCUGCCCUUGAAGUUUGUAGAUAUUUCUGUUCACUCCGCUAAGAAGAGACGCAUCAAGCUAAAGCUGGUGAGUGGCCGUGCCUACUACCUAGAACUCUGUGCACCGCCACAUAAGCAGGACCAUCUCUUCCAGCAGUGGACACAGCUCAUCAAUGUACUGAAAUCUAAAUCUAAGGGUUCUUCAUUUCAUGCUCUAUAUAAGGAAUUUGAAACCGAGGAAGUAUAUAGAGCAACCACAGACACAAUAUUGAAAGAAAACAGUGAAAUAGAGACUCCCACGAACCAACAAGCCAACGAAGAACCAGUGAAAACGCAAAUCAUUAAGAAAACAUCUUCCAAGCGUGUCACUAUUUCUGAUAUAGUUGGUCCCAUUGAAGAAUUUCGAAAGAGCCAGAGCCCAUCCCCAGUUUCUCCCUAUGGCUUCAUGAAAAAAAUGGGCAUAGAUUUUGAGAAAAAAGAUGACCGUAAAAAAGAAUUCAUGAAGAGGACUGUUAAAAAAAGUAAAUCAAGAGAACGAGAAUCUUUUUCUAGUACAGAAAAAAGACUGCAGACUUCAGGAAUCCUAAAGAAUGUCAAUAAGUCUGGGAUACUUUAUUACAACUAAAAUGAAAAAUGGAUUCUCAUGGAAUGUGAAAUGAAACUAAAUGCAAGAUAUGAAGGGAAAGUGAAGAAAAGGGGUGUUCAGAUGGGAGACAGACAUAAAUCUUGGAACUCUAGUACUGUUCUAUACCAAUAUCAUAACAUUAAACUUGCCUGAAAUCGUACUGGGUAUUUAUUAUUAUUAU